UAGAGGGUUGAAUGACAUUUCUAGAACCAAAGUGAGUUAUUGCAUAGCUACAAGGACAGCUGAGAGGGAAAAGAGAGUUUCCAAAGCUAAGGAUUUGAGGCACAGUUCACCAACACAUUUCACCAAACUAUCUGGUAAAGCCAAGUUACCAUUCUUGAUACUCUUCUUUCAAGACAAUGGGCUGGAAACUGAAAACAGUGCAAACUAUUCUCAGUAUUCUAGCCUUCUACAUUACAUUUGCAGUCGGGGAAGAUGAGGAGCCCAGAUCAGAAUGUGCUGACUUCAACAACAUGACCUGGCUGGAGUACCAUCAGCAGGGCAGCAAGCUACAGGUGCAGUACCUGCUCUUGACACGCAAGAAUACAGACUGUGCCAGCCUCUUCAGUCAGGACUUCCUCAGCAACAACACCUACUUCAACUCCUCCCAACCCACCAAGAUAAUUGUCCAUGGAUACAGGGCUCUGGGCAGUAAGCCAUCCUGGGUGAAGCAGCUGGCCCAGGCUCUGCUGUGGGUGCAGGAUGCCAACGUGGUGGUGGUGGACUGGGUCUAUGGGGCCUCACUCGCCUACAACAUGGUGGUGGAGAACUACAAGGAGGUGGCCAUCCAGAUCUCUGUCCUCAUCAACCAGCUCCAGAACCAUGGAUGCAAACUGGAGUCAUUUCACUUCAUUGGGGUUAGUCUUGGGGCACAUGUGUCUGGAUUCGUGGGGACCCUGUUCAAGGGCAAGAUAGGAAGAAUUACAGGUCUGGACCCGGCUGGACCAAUGUUUAAAAGAGCCGACACGUUUGACCGUCUUGACCCCUCAGAUGCACUGUUUGUGGAGGCCAUCCACACUGACUCCGACUAUUUCGGCAUCUCCAUCUCUGUCGGCCAUGCAGACUUCUUUCUAAAUGGCGGAAUGGACCAAGCAGGUUGCUCGCGCUCCAGGUCUACGUCAAUGUAUAGCUAUGUGAUCUGUGACCACAUGAGGGCGCUCCACGUCUACAUAAGUGCACUGAACGGGACCUGCCCACUGACUGGCAUCCCUUGUUCCAGCUAUGAGGACUUCCUCAAGGGGCGCUGUUUAGGCUGCCCAGGCAGAUGUCCACGAAUAGGGUUAUUGGAGAACAGUGGUUUAACAGUCUUUCCUCUUCCUCAACCAAAGAAGCUUUUCCUCCUGACAACUUCUGCACCUCCCUUCUGUGCCCAUCACAUCCUGGUGCAGCUGGAGGUGUUCCUCCUGGACAAGAGUGCUGAAGUGCAGGUGAUCCUGAGGACUGGGGGACAUCCUGAAACAGAGCAGAGACUCAGGCUACAGACAGACGGCACCAUGUACAGUAGGGUGAUAGCCCACCCAGUGCCACUGUGUGAGAUAGACUCCAUCCAGCUGAAGAACACUGGAGCGCACUUCUACAGGCAGGGAGACAUCCACGUUGUGUCUGUCUGCAUAUCAGAAUUCCCCUCUGUCGGAGAAGUGGAGGCAUUGUGUGUGAAGAAGAUAAACGUAAGGCGAGGAUCUCCAUGGAACCAUGAUUUCGUACAGCUGUGUGAGAAUUACUGAUGUAGUAAACACACAGAGAUCCUAUGAACCAGCAUGUUUCUUUUUCUCUAGCAACCUCCCAAUAGUCUGAAACUGUGUCCUUUCCUCAUCUCCUUUCCUUCAUCAAUGAUGUGGAAUGCUUUGAUAGGUCUAAGCAGUAAGGAGGAAGCCUAUCCUUAUAGUUAUCAUUGGGAAUGAAGGAAAGGAAAUUAGAAGAGUUUUACUGGGACUAGCUCACGCAGAAACACACACAUGCAGCUAAUAGCUCCCAUUGCAAACAGCUACACACAAACUUUGCCAUCCUAUAACCCUAGUCAUAUGUUACUGAUGGACCACCUACAGCCAAACAGAUUCCAGAACAGUUCCAAACUACUUCUUUACAUUUCUUUAGUAUAUUCUAACAGCAUUAGUAUUGAUGUACAUAAUCAUUCCGACGCAGCUGAAUGUUACUUUAUUCAGAGCUUCUGUUGAAGCAAAACAAUAAAAGGGUAACUCUGGAAUGUGUGAAUUUUGUCUGUACUCAAGGGCUUAACUCUCUGAUUUCUGAUAAGCAGGGGUGAGCAACAUAUUCAGCAACAAAUGUGCAACUGUGAUAACUGA